GCUGCUUGGGAACCGUUUAAAAUAUGGUUAGCCGGCUUUAUUUAGUUUAAUCUACCAAUGGUAGAUUCAAUAGAUCAUAUUGUGAAAUUGCUGCCCCGUUUUGCGGACAUAGAAGAGCUGCUGCAAAAUGAAGUUGAAGCGAAAUAUAUACUAAAACGAGCAGCAGACUACUUUGGAAAUCCGCAUUCAAAUGGAGAAGAGGAGAUUUCAUAUUUAAUCUGUGCAUUGGUGGACAAAAACUGGGAACACAUUCAUAGUGGACAUUUUAGUAGCGUGCCGGUGACGAUAAGGAAAAUAUAUGCACUAGGUUGCUACUUUAAGAUUUUCUUUUUGCUGUUGGAAGACAGAAGCUUGGAACAGCGCGAGCUAUGUAGCGCUAUUUUGGACGAAGCACAAUUGUUGGGCUGCACAGAUAAGCUGUAUGAAAAAUGCAAUGAAUUAAAACAGGCACUAAUGAAAUACUUGGACAAGGAUGCUAUCAAAAUGACUAUGAACCCGCUACCCAUUUUAGCACCUGUCGAACGGCGCAUUACAGACUGUGAUAUACCUACACUAGAUGCGCCAAGCAUUAUGGAAUUUCGCAUAAAAUGCUAUCAAGAAUUACAGCCCACACUGCUGCUUAACACGAUUAAUCAUUGGCCAGCGAUGACUAAAUGGCGCGAUUUGAAUUAUCUACUAAAAGUAGCUGGAAAUCGCACCGUACCAAUUGAAAUUGGCUCCAAUUACGCCAGCGAUGAGUGGUCUCAGCAGCUGGUUAAGCUACGUGACUUUCUCUACCGGCAGUUUAGUCAGACAAAAGGAGAUCAGGAGAUUGAGUAUCUAGCGCAGCAUGAGCUCUUUGCACAGAUACCAGCACUGCAGGCGGACAUCUGUGUGCCGGACUACUGCACUGUUUCAGCUACUAAUGAAGCAGAUGUAGAUAUUAAAGCUUGGCUAGGACCACGUCAUACCAUCUCACCCAUGCACAACGAUCCCAAGCAUAAUUUGUUAUGCCAAGUGUUUGGCUGUAAGCGCAUUAUAUUAGCUUCCUCUGCAGACACCGAGUAUCUGUACCCUCACGAAAGUGAGUUUCUCAACAACACUUCACAAAUUGAUGCCGCUAAACCGGACUUUGAUCGUUUUCCUUUACUAAAAAGUGUACGUUUUUAUAAGUUGUUGCUACAGCCUGGCGAUUGUUUAUAUUUACCUCCCAAGUGGUGGCAUGACGUGCGCUCCGAAACAGACAGCUUUUCAGUUAGUUUCUGGUGGGAAUAGCUAAACGAAUGAGUUCGAGGUGUAUCAUAGAUGAUGUCAUUUCUUAAACGAAGUCUGUGAAACAUGAAUCACAAAUAGUUUGCUUUGUGAGUAUUCAUACGAUUUUGUUAUUUAUUGAAAUAGCCAACGAACUUUUGGCUGUGGCAAACAAAGUAUAAAGUCUACUAAUUAAUACAAAGAUUAUAAAUACAGCUUGUGAAGUUGAGAGAUAAUAAUAAUAGAUAACAGUGAAA